UUGCAGGAUGGGCUUAACUCAAUUGUCCUGGACCUUGAUUUCCCUGCACUACGAAAGAACAAGAAUAUAGAUAACUUUUUAAAUAGAUAUGAAAAAAUUGUCAGGGAAGUCCGCAAGCUUCAAAUGAAAGCCGAAGACUAUGACGUCGUCAAAGUCAUUGGAAGAGGCGCCUUUGGGGAAGUCCAGUUGGUUCGACACAAAAGUUCUCAGAAGGUUUACGCUAUGAAACUCCUUAGUAAAUUUGAAAUGAUCAAACGGUCUGAUUCUGCCUUUUUUUGGGAAGAACGAGAUAUCAUGGCCUUCGCUAAUAGUCCUUGGGUAGUUCAGCUUUUUUGUGCCUUUCAAGAUGAGAAGCACCUGUAUAUGGUGAUGGAGUACAUGCCAGGCGGCGACCUGGUAAACCUUAUGAGUAAUUACGACGUGCCUGAGAAAUGGGCUAAGUUCUACACAGCGGAGGUUGUCCUUGCUCUGAAUGCCAUUCACUCCAUGGGUUUGAUACACCGCGAUGUGAAACCUGACAACAUGCUCUUGGAUAAGUACGGGCACCUGAAGCUGGCAGACUUUGGCACGUGCAUGAAGAUGGACCAAACAGGCAUGGUGCGCUGUGAUACCGCUGUUGGGACCCCGGACUACAUAUCUCCUGAAGUUCUGAAAUCUCAGGGAGGGGAUGGAUACUAUGGCAGGGAGUGCGACUGGUGGUCUGUGGGGGUCUUCCUGUUUGAGAUGCUGGUUGGGGACACCCCAUUUUAUGCUGAUUCGCUCGUUGGAACUUACAGUAAAAUUAUGGACCAUAAGAACUCACUAAAUUUCCCUGAAGAUGUGGAGAUCUCAGCGCACGCCAAGAACCUCAUCUGUGCCUUCUUGACUGACAGAGAGGUGCGACUCGGGAGGAACGGAAUCGAAGACAUAAAGCAGCACCCUUUCUUCAAGAACGACCAGUGGAACUGGGACAACAUUCGGGAAACGGUUGCGCCUGUUGUUCCAGAGCUGGCUAGUGACAUUGACACCAGUAAUUUUGACGACAUCGAAGAUGACAAGGGAGACGCGGAAACCUUUCAGAUCCCGAAAGCCUUUGCAGGAAACCAACUGCCUUUCGUAGGUUUCACCUACUACCGUGAAAAUCUAUUGCUAAGUGAGUCUUCCCAAAACUGUAAGGAGAAAAUCCUCUGCCCAACCAAUGAAAGAGCAGUCAGCACAUGCAAAAAGUUUAACAAGCUGGAGGAGCAGCUCCAUAAUGAGAUGCAAACCAAAGAUGAACUGGAGCAAAAAUUCAGAGCUGUAAAUUUACGUUUGGAGAAGAUCGUGAAGGAGCUGGAUGAAGAGGCAAGUUCUAGGAAAAACAUAGAGUCGACAACGAGGCAGCUUGAACGUGAGAAGGCUCUUCUGCAGCACAAGAACACAGAGUACCAAAGAAAAGCAGAGAAUGAUGCUGACAAGAAGCGGAGCUUGGAAAAUGAAGUGAACAGUUUAAAGGAUCAACUUGAAGAUAUGAAAAGGAGAAACCAAAACUCCCAAAUAUCGAAUGAGAAGAUGAAUCAGCUACAAAGACAGCUGGAUGAAGCAAAUGCGCAGCUCCGCACAGAGUCCGAUGCAGCUGCCCGGCUGAGGAAGACUCAGACUGAGAUGUCCAAACAGAUACAGCAGCUAGAAACCAACAACCGCGAGUUUCAGGAUAAGACCUGCAUGUUGGAGAAUGCUAAGCUGAAACUAGAAAAGGACUUUAUUAACCUGCAGUCGGCUUUGGAGUCAGAGCGGAGAGACCGCACUCAGGGAUCAGAGGUUAUAAGUGACCUUCAAGGACGAAUAUCUGUCUUGGAAGAGGAUCUUAAGAAAGGCAAAGAGCUGUUAGCAAGGGCAGAUGCAGAAAAGCAGCAAUUGCACGAAAGGCUAGCCAUUUUGGAGAAGGAAAAGAGCAAUAUGGAAAUAGAUAUGACCUACAAACUGAAAGCACUACAGCAAAGCGUUGAGAAAGAGGAAUCUGAACAUAAAGCCACAAAGGCUCGGCUUGCUGACAAGAACAAAAUCUAUCAGUCCAUCGAGGAGACCAAGUCAGAAGCAAUGAAAGACAUGGAGAAGAAGCUUCAGGAGGAACGCGUGGCCAAGCAGAGGCUGGAGAAUAAUUUGCUGGAGACAGAGAAACAAUACUCCAUGUUGGACUGUGACCUCAAACAAGCAAAGCAAAAGAUCAAUGAGUUGGAAGCACUCAAAGACAAACUCAGUGAGGAUAUUAAAAACUUAACGCUAAAAGCAGAACAAGAGACGCAAAAGCGCAGCCUGUCGCAGAAUGAUCUGAAGAUGCAGCUGCAGCAAGUGAAUUGCCUGAAGAUGUCUGAGAAGCAGCUGAAGCAAGAGGUCAACCAUCUGACCGAGAUCAAACUGAACCUGGAAAAGCAGAACAACGAGUUGCGCAAAGAAAGAGUAGAUGCGGAUGGACAGAUGAAGGAGCUUCAAGACCAGUUGGAGGCUGAGCAGUAUUUCUCAACACUGUAUAAGACCCAGGUACGGGAGUUGAAAGAGGAGUGUGAGGACAAGGGCAAGAUGUACAAAGAAGUGCAGCAGAAGGUCCAAGAACUCCAGGAUGAGAGAGACUCACUGGCGGCUCAGCUGGAGAUCACAUUGACCAAGGCCGACUCCGAGCAGCUGGCACGUUCCAUCGCUGAGGAACAGUACUCCGACCUGGAGAAAGAGAAGAUCAUGAAGGAACUAGAGAUAAAGGAGAUGAUGGCGCGGCACAAGCAGGAACUGGCUGAAAAAUACGCUACAAUUACUUCUUUGGAGGAAACUAACAAAACACUGACUAUCGAUGUGGGUAAUUUGGCUAAUGAGAAGGAGGACUUAAAUAACAGGCUGAAAGAAGCCCAUGAACAAAUUCAGAGGCUGAAAGAGGAAGAAAACAGCGUUGUUACCAUCAAGACACAGUUUGAGAAGCAGCUGUUGACUGAGAGGACUCUGAAGACACAGGCUGUGAACAAGCUAGCGGAGAUCAUGAACCGCAAGUUACCCACCAAGAGAGGGCCGGACACAGAUGUACGAAGGAAGGAAAAGGAGAACCGCAAACUGCAGCUUGACUUGAAAUCGGAGCGUGAGAAAUUCACCCAGCUUGUCAUCAAGUACCAGAGGGAGAUGAAUGAUAUGCAGGCGCAAAUAGCAGAUGAGAACCAAGUCCGAAUCGAACUGCAGAUGGCGCUAGAUAGCAAAGACAGUGACAUCGAGCAGCUCCGGUCGCAAAUGCUCGGCCUCGACAGCACGAGUAUCGGCAGUGGACACGGGGACACAGAUGCUGAAGAUGGCUUUCCAGAAUCCAGGUUGGAAGGAUGGUUGUCACUUCCUUUGCGCAACGCCAAAAAGUUUGGUUGGAAUAAGAAGUAUGUAGUGGUAAGCAGCAGGAAGAUCCUGUUUUAUGACAGUGAGCAGGAUAAGGAGCUGUCAAACCCAUCCAUGGUGCUGGACAUUGAUAAAUUGUUCCAUGUGCGACCAGUUACUCAGACGGAUGUAUAUCGAGCCGAUGCCAAAGAGAUUCCACGGAUAUUCCAGAUUCUAUACGCCAAUGAAGGAGAAAGCAAGAAAGAACAAGAGUUCCAAGUGGAUCCCCUAGAGAAGUCCAAUUACAUAUGUCACAAAGGACACGAGUUCAUCCCCACACUCUACCAUUUCCCCACUAGCUGUGACGCUUGUAUGAAGCCCCUGUGGCACAUGUUUAAACCCCCCGCUGCCCUGGAGUGUCGGCGCUGCCAUAUCAAGUGCCACAAGGAUCACAUGGACAAGAAAGAAGAGAUAAUAGCACCUUGCAAAGUGAACUAUGAUAUUUCCACCGCAAAGAAUCUACUAUUACUAGCCAACUCCACAGAAGAACAGCAGAAGUGGGUGAGUCGACUGGUGAAAAAGAUCCCCAAGAAGCCCCCAGCCUCUGAGCAUCAAGCUCGGUCCUCUCCACGGCCUCCUGCUAAGGCUUCGCUAAACCAGUCCAUGAGGCGGCCAAGCCGACAGCUUCCUCCAAAUAAACCCAGCUAACUGCCUUCCGUGAAUGCAGUCCCCAUUUCAAGACGUUCGUUU